CAUCAUCUCAAGCUGGGUUUUAGUUUGGUAGAAUCCCGAACCGUUGAGUGUGCAGAAACUACACAAACCCUAGAAACGUUUCCGAUAACGAAAUGGCAUCCGUCGCCGGAAACGCCGCGAGAUCGAUAUUCCGAUCAUCCUCCGCCUGCCGCACCGCGUUCCGUAUCGGUGCAGAAGCUAAAGCAGCUCGUUCUCCUUUCCGAAUCGCCUCCAAUAAGCCAAUAUCGCAAUCCACAUUCAGGUCACCUGUUGAAUUGAGCUUCUGUUUGGAAUCUAUGUUACCGUUCCAUACGGUAACUGCUUCGGCGUUGAUGACAUCAAAGUUAGUAGUUUCUCAACGCAGCUAUGCUUGGCUCCCAGAAGGUAGCUAAACAUCUGUAGGAUUCCUUGUGUUCUUUCUUCAAUUUAUUUUUCUGAUUGCAAUGAUGAUGUGUGAUAAAUGUUCUGAAGAUCGAAGCAAUCUUUUAUGUACUAUCUACUUUGUGAGAGUAUCUUGACUGAGCCAUUGGCGGGUCAAAUUGAGUCCAAAGGCUGAAAGGAACUUUUGAAAAGCUAGAUCACCUGUAACUUUGUUGUUUCUUUUCUAGUCUAGAUUCAUAAAAACCUACUAAAUCCACCAGGAUUUUAGUGUCUAAAGUCAUUAAACUGAAAUUGUAUUGCACAAUGUUGGAUAAGUUGUCUUUUUGACCCUGUUCUUUAGAAAUUCCAUAUUGAAUCAGCUAGGUGAUGUUUUAAUGAAUGUAAAAUUGGAAUAUUUAGCAACUUUUAUUUGAUAAUUUUUUACAAGGCCAUUUCC